AUGGGAUCUCCUGAAGUUCGAAUUCACGAUGUUUGGAAGCAUAACAUGGAAGAGGAAUUUGCAAAAAUGAGAGUUCUAAUUGAGGACUAUCCAUUUGUGGCUAUGGACACAGAGUUUCCUGGAGUUGUUGCCACACCACUAGGUACUUUUAAAAGUAAAGAAGAUUUUAACUACCAACAAGUAUCAUGCAAUGUUAAUAUGUUGAAGCUUAUACAAGUCGGAUUUGCUUUAGUCAACGAAAAGGGGGAACUUCCUUCUACUGGAGAUGUAUGGCAGUUUAAUUUCAACUUCUCUCUUAAUGAUGACAUGUACUCUCAAGAAAGUGUUGAUAUGCUUCGGGCUGCUGGUAUCGACUUUAAUAAACUUCAAAGUGAUGGUAUCACCAUGGAUGAUUUCGGAGAAUUACUAACAACUUCUGGAUUAAUUGUUGAUGAAAGAAUUACGUGGCUAACAUUUUCCUCCGGAUACGAUUUUGGAUAUCUGUUGAAAUCCAUCACUCUCGGAGAGUUGCCGAAAGAAGAAAAUCAGUUUUUCUACUUCCACAGGGCAUUAUUCCCACGAUGUUAUGACAUAAAGCUUUUAUUAAAAAUGCCUGGGUGUGUUAAUGCGAAACUCAAAGGUGGACUACAGGAGGUAGCCGACCAAUUAGACGUAAAAAGACACGGUGUAAGACAUCAGGCCGGAUCGGACGCUCUCUUGACCGCAAAAACCUUUUUUAAAAUCAAGCAACAGUUCUUUUCCGACAGCUGGGAAAAGGUGUCAAGCGUUGUUCAGGGACAUUUAUUCGGCCUGGGGACAUCUUUAUCUCUGUCACACUCGGCUCACAGAUUGAAUGAAGCCGGUAAAGAAAAAGAAGCUGUUGGUGCGAAUUGA